UAUGAGGGAGAGAGGGCGUGUUUUUUUCUUUUUUGCGUGAGCUGGCUUUUGGAGAGACGUGGAAAAAAAAAAAAAAAAAAAAGAUAGUUUUAAAAUAAAUAAAUCAAAUUUGAAGUAUAAAAUUAAACGGAUCUGUUAAAUAACUAGCUUACGGAUCUCUUGCAUGCAUUUCAUAUUUAGUUUCAAGCAUGGCAUUCCAGCAAGGAUAUCGACCCAUUUCUAAACACCGUGCCCCCCGCGGCCCCGUCCCCACUGUGGGCGGUUCGACCCAGCUGUUCGACGACACCAGCGCCGGGAUGCCCUCUCACCAGCCCGGGGGCUACCCCAGCCAGCCGGGGGGCUACCCCAGCCAGCAGGGCUACGAGAUGGGGGGCUUCAGCGUGGACAGCAUCUUCGCGGACCCCGUGGCGAACGUAGCGAUGGCGUACGGCUCCAGCGUGGCCAAUCAGGGCAAGGAUCUGGUCAGCAAGGAGAUUGACAGGUUCGUGUCGAUCAACAAGCUGAAGUAUUUCUUUGCAGUCGACACCAAGUAUGUGAUGAAGAAGCUGGCUCUGCUGAUGUUUCCGUACACGCACCAGAACUGGGAAGUACGAUACCACAGAGAUUCCCCCAUGACUCCAAGACACGAUGUCAACGCUCCUGAUCUCUACAUCCCCUCCAUGGCGUUCAUCACGUACAUCCUCUUGGCUGGGAUGGCGCUCGGAAUACAGAAAAGGUUUUCCCCAGAGGUGCUGGGGGUGUGUGCCAGCACGGCUCUGGUGUGGAUGAUCAUCGAGGUGCUGGCUCUCCUGCUGAGCCUCUACCUGGUCACGGUGCAAAGCGAGCUUACCGCCUUCGAUCUGCUGGCCUACAGCGGCUACAAGUAUGUGGGAAUGAUCCUCACCGUGGCGAGCGGGCUCUUGUUCGGUAGCGAUGGUUACUAUAUAGCCCUGGCCUGGACCUCCUGUGCCCUCAUGUUCUUCAUAGUGCGGUCCCUGCGCAUGAAGAUUCUGGCCACCGCGUCGUCCGAGGGUGUGGUCAGCCACAACGCAAAGAACCGCGUCCGGAUCUACAUCACCGUGGCGACGGCGGGCUUCCAGCCACUCAUGAUCUACUGGCUGACCUUUCACCUCAUCAGAUGAGGGGGGAGGGGGCGGAGCUGAACUGGCCACACCCUUCCUCCUCCCUCCCCUGCUUGCAAAAUGGUGUGAACUAGUACCCUUUCAAUGUUUAUUAGUUUUUGGGAUUGAAAAGGAGAGUUUUUGCUCCAAGUGAACAUGCCCAGUACUUCAUUUUUUUUUUUUUUAAAGUGGCUGUUUAAUUUCUCGCUCGUUUAGAGUAACCCUGUCUUAUUGAAAAUGGAUUGGUAAUAUUGUAACGGGUGUUUGCAGAGAGGGGGCGCCACUGAGCACAGUCUGGAUCACGCUGGAGCAUACGAGAGACCGGACACAGAUUGCAGCUUCCGGCUAGGGCAGGAAAGCCCGCCUCGUUUUUGUAUUUUCGGGGGGGGGGGUGACUCGUAGGUCCCUCGCACCUUUUUUUUUUUUUUUAAAGGGUUAAUAACGUGUCCCGCAGGUAGACUGGCCUGGGUGGGGGUGUAACACCGUCGCUGUGAUUUGUGGAAACGUUCCAGUGGGGAUAGAUAAGGGUUCAGUGUCUCUGUUAAAUUUCUUUGAUAAUGUUUGAAAUUCAGCAGUUCUAGUACGUGCAGAUCUGUCCCAGUUUGACAGAGUCUGCAUUUUCUAGCUGGAGUUUGAGGUUUUGCAUCAAUACUUGUAUUAGCUAUAUAGUUUUUUCUCUGUCCUGAGAGA